UGUGCAACCAGCGACUGCAAUGUGCGAAACCGAGUUGGCAAAUACUGUUUUUUAUCAGUAUUUACGAGAUAAAUUCUAAUCAGUUAUUCUAAUUUACUUUUCCACAUUACCCGCGGUAUUUAAACUUCGUCAGGUUCAUAGUAUUUGUGCGGUAAAGAAGGGAACCUUAUUAGGUUAUAGGCCGCAAGUGUCGAUUUCAAAAUGACUUUUCCUGAUGGGAACGGGUCUGCAAAUUACGAGGGUUCACGGGGAAUUGAUCACAAAAGGUGUACCGUGAAACAAGCUUACGAAGAUGGUGGAAUCAAGGCGGGCGCCUCUCGCCUGGCCGGGAUCACGUACCGCAUGCUGUCCCGGCGCAAGGCAGCCGAAGAAGGAGUGGCCAGACUAGCCCGGGUGCUUUCAGCUUUGGAUCUGACCGCGUUAGGGGUGGGCAGUACCCUGGGUGUGGGUGUUUAUGUGCUGGCCGGAGACGUGGCGAAAAACUACGCGGGGCCGGCCGUGAUAUUGUCGUUUUUGCUGGCGGCAGUGGCCAGUGUUUUUGCUGGGCUCUGUUACGCGGAAUUCGGCGCGCGAGUGCCCAAAGCGGGCUCUGCUUACGUCUACAGCUACGUGUGUGUUGGCGAGUUCAUAGCCUUCAUCAUCGGAUGGAACCUCAUUCUCGAAUAUAUUAUAGGUGCAGCAUCAGUGGUGAAAGCGCUGAGCGAGUACCUAGACUCGCUGCUGGACAAGGCCAUAUCCUCGCACCUGCACGCCGCCAUGCCACUGGACACGCCGCACCUGGCUCGGUACCCGGACCUGCUGGCUUUCAGCGUCAUCAUGGUGUUCUCGGUGGCUCUCGCGUUCGGUGUGAAAGAGUCGACGAAAUUCAACAACUUCUGCACCGGGGUUAACCUGUGCGUCGUUAUCUUUGUCAUCAUAUCCGGGUCAUUCAAAGCUGAUACCAAGAACUGGCGUAUCCCCGAGUCAGAGGUUCCUAAGACAGCGCACAAAGACUUCGGCAGCGGCGGCUUCGCGCCCUACGGGCUCGCCGGCAUCAUCAAGGGCGCCGCCGUCUGCUUCUACGGGUUCAUCGGUUUCGACUGCGUAGCUACGGCCGGCGAAGAAGCCCGUAGGCCCCAGAAGACCAUCCCCUUCGCUGUAGUAGCUUCUCUGUUGGUGGUGUUCCUGGCCUACUGCGGGGUCUCCUGCGUUCUGACGCUGGUCCUGCCGUAUUAUAUGCAGGACGAGAAGGCGCCGUUCCCGUUCGUGUUCGACCAGCUGGGCUGGCCGUGGGCCAAGUACGCCGUCAGCGUCGGCGCCAUCUGCGCGCUGCUCUCUAGUCUGCUGGGCGCGGUUUUCCCGCUGCCGCGCAUCAUCUACGCGAUGGCCAACGACGGGCUUCUGUUCCAGUUCCUGGGCCGCGUCAGCCCGCGCUUCCAGACGCCGCUCGUGGGCACCAUGAUGGCCGGCCUCUUCACAGGGACCCUGGCCAUGAUCUUCGAGCUGGAGCAGCUGAUCCACAUGAUGUCCAUCGGCACGCUGCUCGCCUACUCCAUGGUCGCUUCUUGCGUGCUGCUGCUUCGCUACGAGUGCAGCCCGGCGACGCAGCGCGGGCCGGAGCCUCUUCGCCUGACGCCCCGCGCCGUGUUACGUCAGCUGUUCAACAGCGAGCGGCUUCCCCUGCCCUCACGUCUCAGCGCCGGCCUCGUGUCUACCCUCGUCACGCUCUACGGCGUGUGGUGUUUCGUGAUGAUGUCGAGCGUGAACCAGCACGGCGCGGCCAUCUUGGCGGGCCAUGCCGCGCCCGUGGCCAUGUUUGCCGUGGGAACCAUACUCGUGCUCGUCACGCUCUAUGCCAUCUCGUGCCAGCCCGUGUCUGAGAAGAAGCUGGCCUUCUCCGUGCCACUAGUGCCGUGGCUGCCGGGACUGAGCAUUCUCAUCAACGUGUACCUGAUGCUCAACCUCGACUACAUGACCUGGGUCCGCUUCGCUGUCUGGAUCGCCGCUGGUCUGAUAAUCUACGUGUCAUACGGCGCUUGGCACAGUGCGGAGCGGCGCCGCGCCGUCGACGUGCCAAUGGCGGAGCUUCACAGCGACAGCCAUACGGCGCUGCUUGAGCAUGCUGCGCUUGCGCACACGGCGCACGCGCUCGGCUGACCGUCGGCCCCCGACCCCGCCGUCGUCAGCCCCAGCGGUACUGUCGUGUCUUUUAUAUCAAGUAUUUGAAACCUCGCAUUCACUAGAAUAGUUAGUUUAAAUUUUGUAUUGUAGUCUGACAUUUUGAUAGGAUUGCACCGACCGUAGUCAAAGAUUUGAACAGCGAGGAUGAGCGAUCUUUAUGAGAGGUAUGAAUGUUUUGCGACAAUUAUCGAAGAACGAUUGCGCCCAAUGAAAUCAGGGCUUACAUUUUUGAGUUUAAUAAAAACUCAUGCCGGCGUAUAGCUCGAU